GAUCAGCAGCUUGAUGGAGUUUUUUGAACUUCAGAACAGCGUCUCAAUCUGCGGAAUAUCUGCUGUGCGCAGGCAGGGACGAGGAAGAGGUUCAGCUGCGGACCUGAAGGAAAGCAGCCGUCAGGACAAGGCAGUACCCAGCGUGCAUCAGUGAGCUGCUGUCAACCAUGGCGACCAUAGUGACAGAGAGGAUAAGCCGAGUGUUCAUCAGCCUGCAGCAGAUCAGGCAGGUUCCUCAGAUGCUGACCGAGGCGGCUCCCUCCAUGCCCGGCACCGUCAGAGACACCGAGGUUCCUUACUACUUCAGGGAGCGCUACAUUUGCACCGGCUACCGACCGCUCAACCAGAACUGGCGCUACUACCUCCUGUCCAUGUUCCAGCGCCACAACGAGACCCUCAACAUCUGGACUCACCUGCUCGCAUUCCUGGUGUUUCUGGUUAAGCUGCGCCAGCUGGCUGAGACCGUGGACUUUGUUGAGGACCAGCAUUCCUGGCCCCUGUUGAUCCUCGUCCUGUCCUCGCUGAUCUACUCGGCGUUCAGCGUCACGGCUCACCAACUGGGCGGCAAAUCUGAGCUGUGCCACCAUUGCUUCUUCUUCCUGGACUACGUUGGGGUGGCGCAGUAUCAGUACGGCAGCGCUGUGGUUCACUUCUACUACGCUGUGGAUGACGGUCUGCACAGGAACCUGCAGGGGAUCUUCAUGCCUACUGCUGCUGUGCUCAGCUGUCUCUCAUGCCUGGGAUGCUGCUACGGGAAAUACUGCAACCACAGCCUGCCGUCGGGGGUGCGCAAAGUGUGCCAGGUGGUGCCCUCAACGCUCGCCUACAUCUGGGACAGCAGCCCUGUGGCCAACAGACUCCUCAGCUGGUCCAGCAGUGACCCAGGGGUCGUCUACCACUUUGGCCAGGUGGCUUUCUUCCUCAGCUGUGCCUUCUUCUUCACCUUCCCCCUGCUGGAGGGCUGCUUCCCUGGACGCUGCGACUUUGUGGGCCAGAGUCAUCAGAUGUUCCACAUUUUUCUGUCCUGCUGCACCCUGUGUCAGAUCCAGGCCUCUCAUCUGGAUUACGUGAGCCGUAGGGAGCUGUACUCCCACCUGCACGAGGCCGGCGAUGCUGCUCUGUUUGUGGGACUGUAUGUGGUCACCGUGGUAGCAUGUGCACUAAUUGCUGUUUUCAUGCUGAGGAAAGUUAAACGAGUGCUUGAGUUUAAAACCAAGUCCAAAUAACUGAUUAAAAUGCAUAGCAUCUAUGUGCCUUUCAUUCCAGACACUGCUUUGAUAGAAAGGGAACUAAUUAUUUUUUGCUGCAGAUGAAACAGUUUGUAGCUGGUAAUGUUUUAUAUUCUUAUGUGUUGCAAUUUUUGUACUAAUACACAGGGUUUUACGUAUUAGCGAAGACUUGCACAUAUUCCAAAACAAAUUCUUGCAUUUUAAAGGGCUCAUUCCAUGUUGAUUCACCAAACCAGUUCAUGUCAUGGAUUAUCUUGUCACUGUUGCAAGAAUAAGGAAUGCUUGUUUACUGAAAGUUGUUGAACAAUGGAGUUAUGUACACUACCAUUCAAAAGUUUGAGACCACUUAGAAAUGGCCUGAUUUUUAAAAGAAAAGCAAUGAAGAUAACAUUAAAUUAAUCAGAAAUACGGUCUAGACAUUGUUCAUGUUUUAAAUGACUAUUCUAGCUGGUAACAGCAGAUUUGGAAUGGAAUAUCUCUAUAGGGGUACAGAGGAACAUUUCCCGCAACCAUCACUCCUGUGUUCUAAUGAUAGACUGUAUAAUAUAUGUACAGUACAGUCUGUGGCUCUAAUGCUACAUUGUGUUAGCUAAUGGUGUUGAAAACCCAUGUGCAAUUAUCUUAGAACAUGAAUAAAAGUGUGAGUUUUCAUGGAAAACAUGAAAUUGAAUGGGUGACCUCAAACUUUUGAACGGUUGUGUACGUAAAUUCUAGCAUUUUUAAAGAUAUCUAACUUUUCUGACCUUAGUAAUAUAUCUAAAGUUCAAGUCUUACCUUUUUGACAACAUUAACAAAAACUGAAGAAGUAGAAGCUUCACAAUGAAAGCAGAGUUUACGUCCAAGCUAUUGGAUUGCAUUAGAUUUCACAGAAAUGAGAGCUAAAACCUUGUAGUGAACACGAUACCAAUACCUGCCUGUGAUAUAAAACCACUGUGUGUACUGUUGCAGCAAAAAAUGAAAAUUAGUAUAUUGAUAAUAGUAUAAUGAUUGUAUUUUGCCAUUUUCACCUUUAUUAGAUGAAGAGAGUGGAUAUAAGCUGGUAAUGUGAGGAAACGGAGCAGGGCGUUGGCAUGUGGUGAAAGUCCAGGCUAAGUGUUUGACUGCAUUUGUGCUCAUGUGGUCAAUAGUGGGUCAACCCAGACUUGAAAUUUAUUUUUAUACAUAUUUUUGAGAAAAUGUAAUGACAAAAUAUUUGAAAAAUGUGUUUUCAUCUCCGAAACUAUAUUUAUCAAGAAGUGGUGCAGUCAGUUUUCUAUGAAGAGCCAAAUUUAAAACUGCACCAAAUCAAUAUUUGGUUACAAGAAUUUGAAAACUAGUGGAGAUAAAAAAUUCUGAGAAAAUUGAAAAUUCUUCAUUCGGGUAUAAUGGUAUUGAAUGUUAUUGACAUAAAUACUCUAAAACAUUCAGCCACAACUCUUAAGCUUCAGUUUAUGCUUCUGGUUUUGGGAAUGUUCAGCACAAAUUUCAAAAUGAACUGAGAUGAUGAGGCUGAGAAGGAAUCGCAAAUGUAUUGAAUUUUGGCUCGAAGGCACAAAUUGGAAGUUUUCACGUGAAUUUUUGUUUCAAGAACAUCUGUGACAUGAACUGGGAGGGCGAGGUUAAAGCCUAUCAAAGCUGAGAUUUCACUGCCUACAGUGUUUGACCAUUUGUGAGUGUUACUGAUAAAACCGAUGGCGUACAGUUGGGUUUGUUAAAUCAUCAGAUUGUUGGAACAUUUGUGAUAAUAUGUGGAACUACAACUAAAAUGUGCAAAUAUUUAUUUUUGAUAUUUUGAAAGUGUCGUACUUGAGGUUUUGUUAUUCACACUGUUCCUGUAGUUUCCUUAAUGAUGAUUUUUCUCUUCUUAAUCCAAGGUCAGGAUCAAUAAGAACAUGUGUUUUAAGCAAUCAUUUUACAGUGAACUAAAUGUUACAGUGUGUUGUGCCUUGAGAGACUGUUGUUUUCAUGUUUUAUGUCAAACCUAGGCUUGAAAAUGAGAUUUUUGAGAGAAAUUCUCAAAGAUAACACUCGUAUUACAAUCGCAACAUCUGCACAAAAAUCUCCAUCUAAUUCUCCUGACAUAUCGUUCAGCCCUUCUGCAGAUUCUUCAGAAGCUGGAGCCUUCUAAUCAAAGAUGCCAUUUUAUUAUCUGUAGGUUUCAUAUGUUUGAUGACACGUGAUUACAUGUUUAUGUAAGUUGUUGUUCUAGCACCGACAUAAGUUAAUGUAUUGCCUUUAGAGUGUACUUUAUUGAAGCUGGAUGUUGUACGAGGGGUUUAAUGUAUAAUGAAAGUCUUAACUUUUUGAAUGUCUUAUUGUAAACAUGGUUUAUAUGUGUACUGAUAAUCACUGUGUUGAUUCCUACUGUAAAACUUGUUUGUGCCUUUUUGAAUUAUUAAAAAGUCAGUAUGGAUGUUACAUGAGCGAACUAAGUAAAGCUAAAUGCAGUGUCACCA